UGACCGUAGCUUGAAAUAUAUGCACUAUAAAGACAAGUUUGACAUUUAAGGACUCUCAGCUACUUGUAUGCAUUAAAACGUGGUGAACUGUACAGUCAUUCUUCAUCUAAACAAGUUGGGAAGAUAAGGACAAACAGAGCUACAGUAUGAGCUCUGAAAACUCCCAAUAUGCCACAUUGCAAUACUAUCCUGAUCAUCGCAUUCAGCGGUUUAUAGAUCAGUCUUCCCGCUUGUCGUGGGCAGAAACCUGUUUUCAUUCCACUAUGUCCCAAUCCUCUCAAACUAGUGAACUAUUGAGCCAGGAUGUACUUAACCAGCUACUGGAAAUGCUUGACCAGUCUUCGUUUCAUUCAGUGCAACCAAUAGAGCUCAACUUUACAGAGGAAUCGAGAAGAAAUGCGUCAGGGAACACAAUUGAAAUAAGCAUGGACUAUAUCACAAUGCAAGAAAGGGAAGGAACUGAUUUACUUUUGUCCCAGUACACAAAUCUGGGGCUGUUGAACAGCAUGGACCAGCAACUACAAAAUGGAGGUUCAACUUCCACCAGCCCUUACAAUAAUGAGCACGCCCAAAACAAUGUGACAGCUCCUUCACCCUAUGCACAGCCCAGCUCAACUUUUGAUGCCCUCUCCCCUUCCCCUGCCAUCCCCUCCAAUACAGAUUAUCCUGGACCACACACCUUUGAUGUUUCUUUCCAGCAGUCCAGCACUGCAAAAUCUGCUACUUGGACGUACUCCACUGAUUUAAAGAAGCUUUACUGCCAGAUAGCCAAGACAUGCCCGAUUCAGAUAAAGGUGAUGACUCCGCCACCACAGGGUGCUGUAAUUAGGGCAAUGCCAGUGUACAAGAAAGCAGAGCAUGUCACAGAGGUGGUCAAGCGCUGCCCCAAUCAUGAGCUGAGCCGUGAGUUUAAUGAUGGUCAAGUUGCUCCACCAAGCCACUUGAUAAGAGUGGAAGGAAACAGUCAUGCACAGUACGUGGAGGAUCCAAUAACUGGUCGACAGAGUGUUCUGGUGCCAUAUGAACCUCCACAGGUGGGCACCGAAUUCACCACUAUUUUAUAUAACUUUAUGUGCAACAGCAGUUGUGUCGGAGGAAUGAACAGGCGUCCAAUUCUCAUCAUUGUGACAUUGGAAACUAGAGAUGGCCAAGUUUUGGGCCGCCGCUGUUUUGAAGCACGGAUUUGUGCCUGCCCAGGCCGAGAUCGAAAAGCAGAUGAAGAUAGCAUUCGAAAGCAACAGGUUCCAGAUGGGACAAAAAAUGGUGAUGCUUUUCGGCAGGCCUCCCAUGGAAUCCAAAUUCAGUCAAUUAAAAAGAGGCGAUCGACAGAUGAUGAAUUAUUUUGUUUGCCUAUUAAAGGACGAGAGACAUAUGAAAUACUACUGAAAAUUAAAGAGUCACUUGAGCUCAUGCAGUAUCUGCCACAGCAUACAAUUGAAACAUACAGGCAGCAACAGCAGCAUCUGCUCCAAAAACAGACCUCCUUGCAGUCACAGCCAUCCUUUGGUUCCAGCUCACCUCCUCUCAGCAAAGUCCCAAGUAUGAACAAAUUGCCCUCUGUCAGCCAGCUCAUCAACCCACAACAGCGAAACACAUUGACCCCUUCUGGCAUGUCAGGAAGUCUUUCAGACAUGACUCCAAUGAUGGCCACACACAUGCCAAUGAACAGUGAUAUGAAUGCACUGAGCCCCACGCAAGCUUUGCAGACUCAACUUCCUAUGCCACCUUCAUCCCAUUGUACUCCUCCACCACCCUACCCCACUGACAGCAGUAUCUCAAGCUUCCUUGUACGACUGGGCUGCUCAUCUUGUUUGGACUAUUUCACCACACAGGGUCUCACUAACAUCUAUCAGAUUGAGCAUUACUCCCUGGAGGACUUGUCCCGGUUGAAAAUCCCAGAGCAGUUCCAACAUCUCAUUUGGAAGGGUAUCCUGGACCAUCGGCAAUCAUUGGAGUAUUCACCUCCACCUCACCUGCUGCGUUCAUCCAGUGGGGCAUCGACGGUCAGCGUGGGUUCUGCUGAGGCCCGCGGAGAACGUGUUAUUGAUGCUGUACGCUUCACUCUGCGUCAGACCAUCUCCUUUCCUCCACGUGAUGACUGGAGUGAUUUCUCAUUUGAUAUGGAUGCCCGGCGGAAUAAGCAGCAGCGCAUCAAGGAGGAAGGCGAGUGAUGUGAACCUUUGGGCAUAUAUAGCUGAGACUUACUAGAUCAGGAGUUCCUUGCUCCUUCCCUUAAACUACUAAAGGCCUUUGCACUUAUUUUGGUUUUCAAAUGUAGCUUUUCUAUGUUGUUUAGGCACCACUUGGUUCAAAAAAUGUGUCAGAGCACUUACCCACGAGAAUUUCAUCUUCAGUAUAUACACAUUGUGGGGGAAUGUUUGUAUGCAUUCACACUUUAAAAUCUAAGCUGAAAUAUAAGCUAAGGGAGUUCAAAGUUAUAUAAUGUCAAGUUACAUUUUUGUAUAUGUAAUUAAAAAAACUGCAAAAAGUA